AUGUUCAUAGAAUUAUCCUUUUCUAGCCGUGUGUAUUUUGCCGACUCCAAGCUGGAUUACAUUGAAUUUGUCGAUUAUGAUGGAAAAGGACGCGUUCAAGUUCUCGCUUCGACCAAGCUUAUACAACAUCCUCAUGCAAUGUCUAUAUUCGAAGACCAUAUUUACUAUAGCGAUCGUCGACUUCAACGGCUUCAGCUUUAUCCCAAAUAUCCGAAUGGAACGAGUCGGGAAUAUCCUUCACAUUCCUUCUCCAAGGCUUUGGGUGUUAUAGCUAUUCAUCCAGUUUUGCAACCACAAAUAAAAGAAAACCCAUGUUCUACAUCCGGGUGCUCCCAUAUUUGUGCAUUGGGUGCUAAUGGUACAUUCACAUGCCUCUGUCCAAGUGGUCAUGUCAUUGAAGAAGGUGGAGGUGGACGACAAUGUGUACUUGAUAAACGGCCAUUUAUGCUAUUGGUACACAAAUCAAUGGUCGUUGGAGCAGCUCUAAACAACGAGGGAGAAAGUUCAAAUAAAAAACAUUUGCCACAUGAAAUUGGAGGAAUUGUGCCAAUCAGCGGGCUUAGGAAUACUGACGUAAUCAUUAUAAGCGAUCUUAAAUCUAAUAUCUUCUUCAUUAGGAUGCUGAAUACGACCCUUUGA